GCAUUUUCUACGGCAUCCGAGCAGAAGCACGGCGCACGAAAAGACCCGCAGUUAUACUGCUACUUUUUUUGAUAUGAAGACGUACUAUGUCAGUCAGCACAGUCUAUGUCGCUCCGCGAGCUGCGUCUCCUCUCUCAUGGAAGGGUUGACCAGCUCUACCGUUAAAGUUAACGAGGAAUGAGAGGCAAAAUUGCAACACCAACACGAUAAUAGAUUUGGCUAUGAAGUCAUGAAGUAAAAGUACGAGAAUACCAGAGUUUUUUCGUAAAGUACGAAAUACAAACGCUUCCAGAAAUAGAUGGCCAUGCAGACGAGCUUCGACCACACGCGUAUAAUUUCGGGAAGCGCGCCAGUCCAGCCCCCCGUGCCAAACUACUUCAACCAAGCCCUGGCGGGUCCAACAACAGCAAUAACACCUGUCGUCGGUCUGGGUGGUCCUUCAGGCAGUUCAUCGGUGCCGCAGAGAGACGGCCCCCUGAUGGAGGUGAUGAAGCGAAAUGCCGUAUUGAGUGUAGAUUUAAAUUUUUCUACUUUCCAAUAUAAGCGGUAGGAGCCGAGCGUUUGCGCCACGCCUCAACAGAUGAAAAUCAUUAAUAGUACCAAGGGGCUAGAAAGCAACUACAUACAAUACUACUUCAGUCAGCGACGGACUUGGACCGGACGCAAAUAGCUCCAACGAACUACCGUGUCGACCCACCUCCGCCACCGUACCUCUUUUCACGAGCGGGAAUAACGCAAAUACUGGGCUCACCUCGAGAUCCGGACGGGCUACCGCGCGCGCCGUCUGGGUGUAUUUUUUGCAGCAAGUGCCUACCGUUGACCCGCGCCGGGGCGUCAGAUGAUCUGAAUACAGAAAUACGCUUCCAGUAAUACAAGUGCGAGUUUCAUGGGGGACGAAAUAUAAGUGACGACUUUGAGCACAUGCAUGAACGUGAACACCACAGGGACAGUGGAAAAUACUGCAACCUGGGACACGAGCAGGCGCUGCUGUGUAGCACCCUUUCGCUUCCGCUUCGAGCAUGCACAUAGUUGGGAGUAAUUCUGACGCGCUCCUUUUUGUUGAGCUUGAGAUGCAGCUCCAUCUGCGGCUGCCGCAGCGCUCAUGCCAAUUCAUAAAGUUGUCUAAAGAUGAAGCUGUUUCGGUUUCAGUUUCCGACCAUUUUUUGAU